GAGAAAUUGUCGAAAGACAACUUUGUCAGGAGAAGAGAGAUGGUUCACCACAAUGAAGCAUGUGAAAUGUGCACCCGCACGUGCAUGUUGAUACAUGGACAAAGGGAUCCCUCACCAAUUGUUAACUCUUUCUUCAAAGUCAUGAUCGACAAGCGCUUCUCCAAAAUUCUGUACUUUCCCCCCAGAUUUGCUCGAUUGGUGUCUCACUUGACUGAUCAAGAAACUUAUCUGGAGGACUCAAGUGGACAGCAAUGGAGGGUGGGAAUAUGUAAUCAUAAUGGUUCGCUUGCAAUUCGACAAGGAUGGCGUACCUUUUCAUCAGAGCAUGGUCUAAUAAUGGGAGACUUUUUGGUUUUCCACUAUAUUCAGGGUCAGCACUUCGUUGUUCAAAUAUAUGGAACAAGUGGUUGUCAGAAGAUCAACUCUUACAAUGGCACUCAUACUGGGAAGAAAAGACCGAGAACUAAUUCUACAGAAACUUCCCAUGAUGAGCUGUCUCCGGAAACUGACAUAAAUUUAAGGAAAAAAAGGAAUUCAACACCCUCAGUUACUGCUGUACGAGAGUCUGAAAGGGCUGGACACCAGCCAGUGACCACAACUUUUGCAUCAAACAUUGAUGCCGAAACUGGAGAGCGACAAGUAGUUCCCCAAGAAGAAGGAACCAGUGAUGUUCUACAAGGUGAAAAUAGACCUCAUAAUCACACCAAUAUAAUAUCACAAAGGGAAUCAAGUUCAGUAGAUGUGGUUCCUUUGGAGAUGGAGCUCUUAACCUUGAAAGCACCCUUCCUUGACGUAAAAAUCACUCAGACUGAAAAAAUUUCUGGACCAGUGAACAAUAUUUCACUUUUGGGCCAAACAGAUGAAAAUGACCAUCAUGUGGGUCUUAUCUCUAGCACAUCUCUGAAAUCAGCUGAAAAUGGUAGCAAUGCGAAGGAAACAAGAGUAGAUAAGCUAGAACUGAAGGAGAUGGAAGCAAAAACUCGUUGCCCUUCUAAAAAGUUGAAUGGAAAAGAGCCAAAAAUAACAGGGAAAGAUGGUCAAGGUUGUUAUCCUGAGGCUGUCAUUGGUAAUAACAUAGCUAUAAAAAGCGAGCCUGCAGAUUCAGGAGACACAUCAUUUCCUGAUGCUGGCAACUUCUCAUGUUCACUGCCGGUGGAUGGUCGAAAUUUUCUGGAAUUACCACAAAGCUGGCCACAAGUUAUAGUGGGCAGAAGGAAGAUGGGAAAGAUUAUUAUUUAUCUCAAAGGACCAGAUAAUAGACGCUGGCCUGUCAUCUAUCAUGAGAAUUUCGGUUCUAAGAUUUUGGCAGGAAACUGGGAAUUAUUUGCUGCAGUUUAUGGCCUGAAACCUGGAGAUGAAUGUCUAUUCCAACUUUCAAAUCAGUCAAAACGUAUGUUUACUGUACACGUAGCCCACAAGGUAGAUGUCACUCAAACUACUUUGAGUUGAUUAUUGUCAGACAGUUGUGAGAAUAAUGUAACGGGAGCUAUGUCGAGAUUUUACUUGAUGGUUCUUAUAGUCACUUGAUUUAAGCAAAUCUGUAGUCAGAUAUUGGAUUUAUUCAUCCUGUGCUUUAUCUGUGAAUGCUAUGUUGAUACUUCCAUUUA